GGGGACCCGAGCGACAGACAUUGCGAACUAAACCCGCUCGCUCGCAAGAAGAGCAGAGCAGGGACGGAAAGCAGCAGCAAAGACAAAGACAAGAGAAGGGAGGGGGAAGAGAAGCACCAGCACCAUCACCAGCAGCAGAGAAGAGAGAAGAGAGAAGAGAAGAGGAAGGCGAGCGAGAGCAGAGAAGAGAAGAGAAGAGAAGAGGCAAGGCUCGAGAGAGAGAGAGAGAGAGAGCAGAGAGAAGACUCGCUGCUGGCUUGCUCGCUUGAAGCUCGCUGCUGCUGCUGCUGCUGCUGGUACGGGUCUGCACUACUUGUGGCCAGUGGGCUGGCCUGCUCGAGGCACAGCGGGAGGGAGCAUUUUCGCUGCUGGUUGGCGUGCUGGUUCGUUGGAGCGCAGAGAGAAAAGGACUGGGGGAAGAAGAAGAAGAAGAAGAAGAGAAGACGACGAAGCAUAAAAGAGAAGAGAGCAGAGAAAGAGCUUAUCUGCUGUUGGUGGUCGCUCAGAAGCUGGGCUGGUUUGGCACGGCUGUCUGUUGGGGGUGGGGGGCGUCCAUGUGGGAUUAUUAAAUUCUUGAGUGGCUGGGUCGAUGGUGCUUUUGCUUCUUCUAAUGGCGAGCGAAGAAUUUCCGAGCGUGUGCUUACAGUCCGGCUGAUCUGGGGUCGAGGAGGGAAUUUUUUUCCAGAGGGAUUAGCAUUGCGGUGCGAAAAAUAGAACCGGGUGCCUUGGUGGUGCUGCUGAGAGGGGACGAUUAUCAGCGGGUGUCGCGUGGUGGACAGCUUGGGUGUGAUAGAGAGAAUCAAAUUUCUCCUGCUCACAAACUCCUCAUUCUUUCGGAUGGGGCGGGCUAAAGUUUUGACGAAGAAACUGCCUGUCGCGACUCCCAAAGAGGUGCUCGAGAGCACGGCGUCGAAUCCUGUCCCUGUACAAAGAAAGAGAGGACGGCCUCGAAAAGUUGCGAAGGAGGAGCUCCCUGUGGAGGAGAAAAAAGUGGAGGAAGAAACAGUCCAGCUGACUGAGAGUGUGGAUGCUGGAAAGAAGCGCAAGAGGCCGAAAAAGCUCGGCGAAUCAACAGAGUCAGGGCCCGAAACCAAUGGAGGAGCGAUGAAGUUUGUCGAAGAGCCAGCCAAGCCGCAGAUCGUUAAACGAGAAGGAAGUAGGCGGAAGAGUGAACCACGACGAGCUGCAGGUGCUUGUAUUGAUACGCUGUGAUUCCAGUUUGUGGGUUGGGGUGCUCUGAGAUUUCCCGAUUGUGUGUGUUUCAUUGCAAGUAGAUGUUUACGCUCAGACCACGCAGUCUUCGGAUGGGGAGCGAGAAGCUUCGAUUGUACAGGGAUGUCGAAGAUAUGCGAGCACAGCUGAGCCAAAUUCUCGCUCGUUCAUACAGGAUUGUUCAAUCCUCAUGGCCGCUGGCACUGGCUCUGGCCAAGAUUCGCUAGACUGCAAUAGUUUAUAGAGCUCUGGAACUAUGACAAGUGUAUGCUUGAUGCGCGCACAUAACUUUUAGACUCAGAAUUUGGGCAUGUAAACAUAUUUGGUGUUGAGAUUCCUCUCAGCGUUUGGGCCCUCCCGCCUCGGCUGUGCAGGGUUGUUUUUGCAGUAGAAGCAUGUGAUUCGUUUGGUCGAUGGUGGUUGGUUGACGUUGUACCUUAUUCAAUCCAUUAAUGCAUCUAUGAAUGGACAUCGCGUCCUUCAAACUACGGAGAGCUAGCACUGCGGCUACAACGUGGCAACCAGAAUUCCCCGAUCCGUUAGUAGAGCUUCAAAUUUCUUGUAUGAUUUAUAAAUUUUACAAUGUAUCUUAUGCAAUUUUUGAAUUCUGGUCAUU